GUGCAGCUGUAUGCUGGCCUUGCAGACAAUAGGCCUGGCUCCCCAGAGGAGGGGAAGGAAUUGUGCAGCUGAGGAAGAAGCUGGCAGAGGGAGGGAGGCGGCAGGCUUGACUGACGCUAGAGAGGGCUGGCUUUUUGAACCGCUCUUAGCAACAGCCCUGGUUUGACCCUCGUCAGCCCUGAGAAAAUCAAAUCAGUGUUCCGUUCUUCCAGGCGUGAUGCAGCAUCAGCAGCUGAACCUCAAAGCAGCCCUCCUCUCAGCCUGUUAAUUACAGGCGCUUUCGGAUCCCAUGGUUCCUGCCUUUGCAAAGUGCCUCUGAGAAGGGGGACGAAAGGACCACCGCUCAGCCCCUUGCUGCUCCCGGCUUCAGGCUUGAUUGUGAAAGCCCAUUGGCUUCCUCGGUUCCUUGACUUAAACCACGCCCGGCUUUCCGCCCGCCUGGCUGCUGCUGGGUCAGGCCCUCACCCAUCCCCGUCCAGCUUGGAGGGAGCCCGAGGGCGUGGCGGUGCUAUUGUGUGGAUGCCGCGGGGUCCGCUCUUCUCUUGCAGAGAUGGCUAACAGGGGCCCGAGCUACGGCUUAAGCCGAGAGGUGCAGGAGAAGAUCGAGCAGAAGUAUGACGCGGACCUGGAGAACAAGCUCGUGGACUGGAUCAUCCUGCAGUGCGCCGAGGACAUCGAGCACCCGCUCCCCGGCAGGGCGCAUUUUCAGCAGUGGUUAAUGGACGGGACGGUUCUGUGUAAGCUGAUCAACAGUUUAUACCCACCAGGACAAGAGCCCAUCCCAAAGAUCUCAGAGUCAAAGAUGGCUUUUAAGCAAAUGGAGCAAAUCUCCCAGUUUCUAAAAGCUGCGGAGUUGUACGGCGUCAGGACCACGGACAUUUUUCAGACGGUGGAUCUAUGGGAAGGGAAGGACAUGGCGGCUGUGCAGAGAACCCUGAUGGCUCUAGGGAGUGUUGCAGUCACCAAGGAUGAUGGCUGCUACCGAGGAGAGCCAUCCUGGUUUCACAGGAAAGCCCAGCAGAACCGGAGAGGAUUUUCAGAGGAGCAGCUUCGCCAGGGACAGAACGUAAUAGGCCUUCAGAUGGGCAGCAACAAGGGAGCAUCCCAGGCAGGCAUGACCGGGUACGGGAUGCCCAGGCAGAUCAUGUAAGAGGCCAAAUCCCUCCCACUUAGAGAGGACAAAUCUUCCACACUACGGUCUCCAUGGAAAAGAAAUAGUUAGUCACCUUCUGACCUCCUCCUCUUUCUCAAAGCCUCCUGCCCUCGGUUUUUUUGCAAGUGCUGCGUUUCUGCCGAAAAUCCACGUUGCCUACUGCUGCCACCCUCUGUUCAUUUAGAACUAUGCAAAGACUCCGCUUCCUUCCUCUUCCUGAGCUCCUUUUUAUGCCCUAAAACCUUUGUUUGAUUAUUUAUUAUUUAUUUGCCAGUAAUUUUCCUCCCCAACUAUAGAACACACCUAAUAAACACAUUAGUCUUGUGUCUUAAA